UUGGUCAAGAUGUCCACCAUCCCGAAGCACUUCGGACUGACGGCCAGAGAAGAAUCGUACAUGUUUAAAGAGCUGGAGAAGGUUCGCCAGGAGACCAAGAAGGAAUGUUACCAGUUCAAGCAGAAGCUGGCUGCCAGGCUGCCUUUGAGGGCAUGUCCUCAGGAUGACCUGGACGACCAGGACGGGGAGGCGCGCCCGUGCAGCGCCGGGGUCCAGGGGCCGGUGUCCCUGGUGGCCAGGCCUUUGUCGUCGUCCUGGUCUAGGGCGCAGAGCCCACAGCGCCCCGCCAAGGCCGUCCUGCAGGGGGCGCCGCAGAGCACGCGGCGGCGCGGCCCCGGGAAGCCGGAGCCCUUCCGUCCCCGGGACUUCUACCUGCGGAGCUCGGCGUUCCGGCGGCACCAGACCCCGAGGGAGCCGCCGGCCAUCGCCCCGCAGGCUGGCACCGCCAAGCCCGUGCGCCUGCUGCGGCCGCGCUCGCGCCACAGGAGGCGCCACGUCAAGAUCCAGGGGGAGCAGGUGUCCAGGCGCGUCUUCCCCAUGAGCCCCGUGCACGAGGCCCCGGGCAUGGAGGUGGCCCGGCCCCGCUACCGACAGGCCAGCUCCUUGUCCAGCCUGAGCAGCGAGACGGACGAGAGCGGACGGCUGCGCAGGCUGCGGAUCCGCACCCACUUCCUGCGAGAGGGCAGCUCGGCUCGGUGGUUCAGGCCCCUGUCGAGGACCGGGCGCGAAAUGUCGUCGGGCCAGGCAUCCCUGCAGAUGACGCGCGCCUUCCCCACGAACAUAGAGGAGAUCGUAGCCUCCCUGCAGUCCGAGGCCCAGAUGGCCUCAGACCAGACCAUCAAGGAGCUCAUCCAGAGCAUCCUGGGCCAGAACUACGACCUCACCAAGGAAGGUAUUUCUUUGAUGGAACAAAUGUACUUUGGACCAUCUCAGGUACCAGUACAAACACCCGAGCUAGAAGAAGAGAAAGAGUCCCAGACAAUUAUUAAGGAACGGCCAGUUACGCAAAGUAUUUAUGAGGAGAUUCCUGAGGCUGUGUCAAGCAUCUUCCAGAUUGAACAGGAGGAUCUUUCUGAAUGGGGAAUAUUAGGAGAAGAGAACUUAGCAUUCAAAUCUCAGGAAGUGUUAGAAACUGUGCUACCAGAGGACUCCACUAUACACUUGGAAGCUGCUUCUCCCACAGCUGCCAAAAAAACCACCAAGCGGCCAUCUUUACAAGUGAAAGCUCCAGAAUUCUUGCAUAUCAGAGGAAAAGAACUUAAGCGAAUACAAAAAAGUAAACCUGUUGUUAAGCCGUUGAAACGAAUGAAGUUUGUAAGAUCUGAGCUGGAUAAAAAAUUAAUUAAAAAAAUCCCCCAGGUCCAUCCCAUCCCUCAUCUUCACGACCUGUGUUGCGCAGUUCCGGAUGCGGUGCUGCCUGUGGAUCUGCACCUGGCAUCUCGAGUGUUUCACACUCCAGACAGGACAGGUCACAAGACCUUGCUUGGAUUCUUGAGGUCAUCUGUCUUAGGUGGUCACUCUAUGGAUGACCAGAGAGACAGAAUAGUGCAUGGCAUUCCUGUUGUGAGUGAGGAUCGACAACAAAUCGGUGUUUCACCAAUCCUACCAGAGGAGUUUCCUGAAUUGGCUCAGACAAGUCAAUGGCAAGCUCGCCAACCAAACCUGAAGCUCUCAGGAGAAGAAGUGUCUGCAUAUCCGGCAGCUUCAAAGAUGUUUUGGAAUCUUACUGCGCCCAAAUUUGGGAUUCCAGAAUCAAUCAUGAGGAAAGCUUUAUAUCCAAAAUAUGAGAGUGUUCAGUCAAGUAGAAUCUUAAUUGAGAAAUUGUCUGCAAGCCAAGAAAGUGUGGUUAUUUCAGAUACAUACCCCAGAAGGAGUUUUAAGUCAUUAAUAAUAAAAAAAUCUGCGUCAUAUGAGAAUAUCCAAAAAUAUUCCAGUGCACCACAUACACAAUUAAAGAGAUCAAAGUCUACAGUUGAGUUGAAGAAAGAAGAGACCCCACCGCCAUUUAUACUUAAGGAUGACAUAGACAGCAACCUGAAACAUCUGCUGUACCAGAAGCAGGUGGAGCUGGAGCGCCAGAUGGCUAGGCAAAGGGGAAUAUUUGAGCCCUCCAUAAAAAGCAGUGUGGAAACUGUGAAGGAGUCAGAAAGCAUGAAAUACCUGUCUGUUUCUCUGGUUGAAGAAUCAAGAAAAGCUGGCAUUACCUACAUUGUAUACCCCAGGAAAAGGAAGAAAUUAUGGAAGAAAGGAUUGAAAUUCCAGAAGAUUGCACUGGUGUAUGAACAGCUAUCCAAGCCUCCAAAGAAAUUAGAAAGAUCAACAUCUCAUGGAAUACUUCCUGGACAGAAAAAAUUUUUCCUUAGAGUUCCAAUAUACGAACGUCCAAUAAGGUCUCCCAGUGUACCCACGAUUUUAAAUUUUGAUAAAUUUGUUCAAAGUAAAGGAGGAAUACCAGAAAAUACUGAUUCUCGAACAUGGGUUACUGAGAUGUUUUCUAAAGAGAAAGCUCAGAAAACACCUAUACCAGUUAUAUAUGUUCAAAAAGACGUCCCAGAACCAGUGGCAGAGCUCCCCAAACUGGAACUAAAUGAUCAUGUGAAGUGUGACCUUCCACCAGAGGUCAUUAAGUAUUAUGAAGCUGAAGUGGAGAUGUUGACUCAAGAAAUAAAGAAUGAGAAAAGAAAUCCUGUGUUCGCAUAUUGUAGGCGUGGAGCUAUUUAUAGAAAACUGGGAAAGUUGCAAAGUGCCAUGAAUGACCUCCAGGAAACCAUAUUUGUGGAGCCAUUGUUUCUAAAUGCCUAUUGGCACAGACAUUUCAUUUAUCUUUUCCAAGACAAAAUUAAUGAUGCUUUGGAUGACUUGAAUUUUAUAAGUAAAUAUAAUAAAAACCAUGCAGAGGCAUACUUGUCAAAGGCAGAGAUUUUCAGAGAGAAGAAGGACUUCACACUGGCGAUUUUGAAUUACAGCCAGGCAAUUAAGUGCAGGCCCAAAGAUGCUGACCUCUAUUUCAAGAGGGGGGAACUGUAUGAGAAGACAAACAGUGUGCUGGCCAUUGACGACUAUUCAAAAUGUAUUUUCUAUGAUCCCAAGAGAACAGAUGCAUGGAUGAAACGUGCAAUGCAUUGCUUUGAAAAUGAGAACUGGAUGGGAGCCAUAUAUGAUUUUACAGCUCUGUUAAAACUUGAGCCCCGAAAUACUUGUGCAAGGACAAACCGAGGGAGAGCGUAUUGUAAAAGGGCUUUUUAUAAACAAGCAACCCAAGACUUUUCUGUUGCCAUCCACUUAGAUCCUAACAACUGGUUAGCACUAUACUACAGAGCCUGCUUAUUCAGGAAGACCAAUCCUCAUAGAGCACUGCAGGACUACAGUGUUUCAGCUCUCAUAAAUGAUGGAUAUGAUAAUCUUAAUUGCUUUCUCCAUCGGGGCAUACUCUAUGCACAACUAAAACUUUGGAUGCUGGCAAUUUGUGAUUUUGAAACUGUUAUUUCUCUUGAAAGAACUGCUACUUUGGCUUAUAUAAAUAUUGGCCUCAUAUAUCUACUAUACCUGGAUAAUUACACUGAAGCCUUUUGGAGAUUUACUGAGGCAAUUAAAGUUGAUCCUUUAUUUAUUCAAAGCUAUAUUUGUAGAGCAGAAACCUAUCAUAAGCUGCACAAAUUGAAAAGGGCAGUGUCUGAAUUAUCUCGUGCUAUCCACCUCCAGCCAGAUGGAAUCCAGCUCUAUAUAAUAAGGGGACAAUACCUUCUUAUGAUGAAGUGUCAUGAUCUUGCAAAGCUCACUAUUUAUCAAGUAGCAGAAAUGAACAAAGGUCUCAUUGAGCUGACGCCAGUACAGCAAGCACUCAUUUACUCCUUUUGUGAAAACCAUGACAAGGCCAUUCACAUCUUGGAAGGGGUCACAGCCAGUAGACCAGAGAUCUCCACUUUCGCACUCCUGGCAAAAGCCCAAAUGAAGGCUAAGAAAAUCAAGGAAUCUGUGAGAAUAUUUAAGAAGGCUUUGGAAAUGUUUUCAACUUCUGACAAAGGACCGAGUGCCGUUUCUGUUUCAGCCGACUGUCUGUAUAACCUAGGUCUUUGUUACAUGGAGGAAGGCAACUUACAAAUGGCUUUUGACUCUUUGACAAAAGCUGUGAAAGCAAAUCCCGAAUUUGCAGAAGCCUUUUAUCAUCGGGGACUUUGUAAAGUGAAACUCAACAAAGAGAACUCGAUUCUGGAUUUUAAUCGGGCAAUUACACUCAAUCCCAAACAUUACCAGGCAUAUCUAUGCCGAGUAGCCUAUUAUGGUUUAAAGGGCAGAUACUCCAAAGCAAUUCUGAAUUGUAACGAGGCCAUCAGACUAUAUCCCGAGAGUGUGCGUGCCUACAUCUGCAGAGGAGUUCUGAAAUACUACAACAGGAGUUACCAGCUAGCUAUUGCAGAUUUAACUACAGCUGUCAACAUGGACAAGAACAGUUAUGCAGCAUUUUAUAACAGAGCAUUGUGUUACACCAAGAUAAGGGAACUUCAGAUGGCUCUAAGAGAUUAUGGCAUUGUGCUGCUUCUUGACGUGGGAGAAAGAAUAGCAUUAAAUACCUUCAUUAACCGUGCACUCAUCUACACUGAACUAAAGCAGUAUGGCUUUGCACUAGAGGAUUAUAAACAAGCUGCACUGAUCAGCCAUACUAGCGUGAGCCUUUGUCAAGCUACAGCCAUGUGUCACCACAGAAUUAAAGAGUUUGAAGGAGCUGUUGAGUUCUUUACCAGAGCUGUUAAGAUUAACAAAUGUUUUCUGGAUGCCUAUAUUGGACGGGGGAAUUCUUACAUGGAGUAUGGAGAGGACGAGGCCCUAAAACGAGCACAGAAGGACUUCCUGAAAGCGCUGCACAUUGACCCGUCAUGUUUAAAAGCCAGAAUUAGCCUAGGCUAUAACUUGCAGGCCCAAGGAAAAUUCCAGAAAGCUUGGAUUCACUUUACUAUUGCCCUAGAGGCUGAUCCAAAGAGCUAUCUAGCCUAUGAAGGACGAGCUGUGGUUUGUCUUCAAAUGAGUAAUUAUUUCGCUGCGAUGCAGGAUAUUAACAUUGCCUUAAAGAUCAAUACUACGGCAGAAUUCUUGACAAAUCGUGGUGUGAUUCACGAGUUUAUGGGUCAACAACAGAAUGCAAUCAAAGACUAUCAAGCAGCAAUUUCUCUGGACCCCAAGUACUCGCUGGCUUACUUUAAUGCCGGAAACAUCUACCUUCGCCACCGCCAAUUUUCUCAGGCCACUGACUACUUUUCAAAGGCAUUGAUGUUUAAUCCAGAAAAUAAGCAUGCUCUCAUGAAUCGAGCUGUUGCAAACACAUUAUUAAAGAAAUAUGAAGAAGCAGAAAAAGAUUUUUCAUGUGCAAUUGAGCACUGUCCCCACUGGGCUGCAGUGUAUUUUAACAGAGCGAUCUUCCACUUCUGCUUGAAGCAGUAUGAGCUAGCCGAAGAAGACCUUGGCAUAGCCCUGUCUUUGAAGCCCAAUGACGCUGACGUGUAUAACCUCAGAGCACAAGUUCGUGGCAAAUUAGGACUGAUAGAGGAAGCUAUGAGUGACUAUAACCAAGCCCUUGACCUUGAAGAAUGUCCCCCGGCUACGUAA